AUGCCAUUCAGCCCGUGCAAUGCGCUGGCCACGUUCGAGCGUCUCAUGGAGCGGGUGCUCGCUAACAUUCCUCGCAGCCAUUGUGUGGUGUACCUGGAUGACCUGCUGGUCCAUGCGAGUUAUUUCAGCAAAGCUUUGGGCCACCUGACCGGCGUCCUCAGUGCUAUUCGUCACGCUGGUCUGCGGCUGAACCCUGCCAAGUGCCACCUACUGCAGAGAGAGACUACUUUCCUGAGUCAUGUGGUCAGUGCUGAAAGAGUGGCGACUAACCCAGAGAAAGUAGCAGCUGUCCAGGAUUGGCCAAUCCCGGUUAACGUAUGUGAUCUCUGCAGUUUCUUGGGACUGGCGUUCUACUACCACUGCUUUGUCAGGAACUUCGCUUCUGUCGCAGCGCCCCUACAGCUCCUGACGGACAAAGAAUGGCCAUUAGUUUGGACUGACAGCUGUGACACUGCUUUCAACAAGCUAAAAGCAGCCCUCACCGCCGCGCCCAUCUUGGCCUACCCGCACGCAGAUCUCCCCUAUGUGGUGGACACAGUCGAUAGUGGCACAGGAAUUGGGGCAGUCCUCUCACUGCAGUCACGCUCUCAGUCAAGAGAAGAGGAGCUACUGUGUCACACACCGAGAAUUGUUGGCGGUGGUGACGGCAGUACACCAUUUGUGCCCUUAUUUGCACGGCAACAAGUUCCUCCUACACACAGAUCAUGCCUCACUGACCUGGCUUUUGAGUUUCAAGCAGCCAGAGGGAUAAGUAGCUCGCUGGCUGGAAGUUCUCCAAACCUACAACUUUGA